UCCGUCAAUAUUUCGGAUCUUUAUCAGGAAUGUAUGAAGCGUGUUUUCAGGUUGGUUUGGUCGUGUAGAUAUCCAGUUAAGAUUCAUGAUGUAUGAAAAUUUAUAAAAGUUUUGUAAUGGUAAAUAUUUUAAAGAAAUUUUGGCCAUACUAUAUUACUUCAACUAGUAUCGUUUUAUAUUUGAUAAAACGUUAUUUUGUUGGUGGUGUUUGUAAAUGUACAACAAACUUGACUGGUAAAGUUGUUAUUGUAACUGGUGCUACAAAAGGAAUUGGAAAAGAAGUUGCAUCUGUGUUAGCAGAAAGAGGUGCUCACAUUAUUAUUGCAAGUCGAGAUAUAAUAAGAGGUCCAGAAGUGUGCUUUGAAAUAUUAAAAUUGACUGGGAAUCCAAAUAUUAGCUUUUACUAUUUGGAUUUUACUUCAUUCAAAAGUGUUCAAGAUUUUUCAAGAAUUAUUCAUAAUCGUAAGCCAAUUUUGUAGAUUUCUGUACAUUUU